GACGUCCGGCCAACAGCCUGAAGCAUGGAUUCGGAUUCCGGGGAACAGAGCGAGGGGGAGCCYGUGACCGCCGCAGGUUCUGAUGUGUUUAGUUCAAAGAGUCUUGCCAUUCAAGCCCAGAAGAAGAUUCUGAGCAAAAUAGCAAGCAAAACUGUGGUCAACAUGUUGAUUGACGACACCAGCAGUGAGAUCUUUGAUGAGCUCUACAAAGUCACCAAAGAGCACACCCACAACAAGAAGGAAGCCCACAAGAUAAUGAAAGACUUAAUCAAGGUGGCAAUCAAAAUUGGGAUUCUCUAUAGGAACAACCAGUUCAAUCAGGAAGAGGUUGUUAUUGUGGAGAAGUUCCGGAAGAAGUUGAACCAGACCGCCAUGACUAUGGUCAGCUUCUAUGAGGUAGAAUACACUUUCGAUAAGAACGUGCUCUCCAAGCUCCUGCAUGAGUGCAAGGAACUGGUUCAUGAACUGGUGCAGCGGCACCUGACGCCCAGGACCCAUGGGCGCAUCAACCAUGUCUUCAACCACUUUGCUGAUGUGGAGUUCCUAUCCACCCUCUAUAGUCUAGAUGGAGACUGUAGGCCCAACCUCAAGAGGAUUUGUGAAGGAAUCAAUAAAUUACUAGAUGAAAAAGUCCUUUGAAUGGCUACUCUCCUCCUGGACUUUGCUGC